AUUGUUUGUUUGUUUCUUGGAUGAUGCUUAUAAAUGGUUGUCUGCACUAUUUAUUCACGACAACAUGUGAACAUUCUGCAUAUUACUGUGCCAAGAGUUGUGCGAAUAACAGUGCUAUAUGAGGCUGGAUUAUUUAAAAUGCUUCUGGUGUAAAAUACACUGUUUUAAUGGGAGAUUAUUGUAUUGUUUAUGUUGUGCUGGUUUGGGGGGAAAUAUGGUAUGCAGUGUGUUGUUUAAAAAAUAUUGCCUGUGUUUUAAAAUGCAUUGUGCCUCUAAUGUAUUAAUAGGUCGCAUGCUUCCACUUGUAGUACACAAGUGUAUGAUACUAAUAGUGUUUUCAGCCCUGCUUGUAUGUGUGCAGAAGUGUUGUUGUGUAUCCUGUAAUAAUAAGGAGACAAUUUGAACCGAUGAUAUACAAUUCUGAGCUCAGAGAUGGAAAGACAUGACUGAUGGCUUACAAAAACAAGUAUUAUUGAGAUUAUUUUAAUUCUUGGUGUAAAUGCACACAUAAAACAGAGAGGAUACUGUGCAGUUACGAGGCUGAGUAAUGAGUGGUAAUAUAUUCCUUACUUCAUAUUGCUCUUUCAUUUGCAACUUAACGAAGCUCCAAUAAUGCUUGCCAUGGCAGAGCUCAGGAAAAGAAACUGCUUAUUUUUGGUGUUACACAGUGGGAAUCGUAUGAAUUAAUAACAGCAUUUGUUGUAGCGAAUCAGCUGCUUGCCUUUAUGUGCUAUCUGUAUGGGUUUUGAUGGCUUUGGAUUGCCAGGGCACGCAUUAAAUAUACAUUUGAUUAUGUCUGUACAAUUGUUUUAUCUGCUCUUUAAGGUGAUUUUAUUUUUCUUUGUGGCAUGCGUUUGGAGGGGGGCUUCCUCUGUGGAAAUGCAAAUCUUCCAGAUUUCAGUCUCUUCCCCAUUAUCUAUGCCUACUUUGCUUCCUGUGUGCUGAGAAGAUCUAUCAAAUGGCUAUAGCUGGAUAUAACAGGGCAUAGCAUAUAGCACCCCUCGAUAACGGAUCUCUAUUAGAGCAUGAUAGAGAAUCCUUCAUUAUUUACUGCAGCUCUGAAUUACCAGUGCAACAGUAAAAAUGAGAUUUAUCAGCCAUAAAUGGACCCCUUAUGUCCAUCAUUUGGAGGAAUAAAAUAAAGUAUUUCCAAUGUAAAGAAAAGCACUCGAUAGCUGCCCACUUGUGUGUAUUUGCUGCCCUUGCCGGGGUUCCUCAGCUCAGUGUAAAGGAAUUCCUAUACACAAUGAAAAGGGACUAUUUAUUGACAGGACCGGUGGCACUGGAAGUAGUUCCAGGACAUAAUUCUUAUGAAAAUCUUUGCACUUUGUCUUCUUUUCCCCCCAGACAAUGAAUGGGAGAACUUGCUAUAAGUUUUGUUUUUCUUUCUUUUUUUUCUUUUUUUUACAGUUGAAAUCCAACCUUACAGUUUUUUUUAAUGAACGACACGUUUAUGAACAAUCGAAUGAGCCUCGUAAAUUUUUUAUUGAAGGACAUAAAAACAUCCAAGGCUCACCAGACGAAUAGAGACAUCCACUGAAAGAUGGGAGUAGCUUAACAGUUUUUAUUCUGUUUAACAGUGUCUGUGUGAGUUGCCUUUCCCCCUUCUUCAACUCCUGAGGCUUCCACUUGCUUGAUUUUCAAUAGCUGCUGGUUGGUGAAGAAUUAUGCCAACUGAUACAUUGCAUUUUAUAAGAGGGUAGCCUGUUAAAAGAAAUAAGACAGCAUUGUAAAAAAAAAAAAGAAGUGAAAGGGAUACACUGUGAACUGAGUUUUUAUUCCAGUAUAAAUAGCAGGAAGCGAAAUGCAGAAAUCAUAAUGUAUUUCUAAUGAAAAGCUAUGUCUUGGACUGUACUAUAUAUCCAUGCUAGUAUUCUGGCAGCAUUACAGAGAAGAGACAGAGAUGGAUUGCGUCAAGAAAUAGUCCCCUUCCGUCAUUCUCACGUUCCUUGCUCUGACAUGCUCUACCCAACUUUCUUCCCAAUCCCUGUAUAAAAGUGGAGAUAUGCAUGAGUCCUUAAUGAGCUCCAGCAGGUCCACUCCUUCAUUUUUUUUUUCACAUAAUUUUUUUAUGAAAACCAGACCGUCCAGUAUUAAGGAAUAGAGGCAAUGGGACCUGCGCAUUGAUCUACACUGUAUUUUUUUUUUUUUUUUUUGUAAAUACAAUCACGUGGGAGGCGAGAGCCAAUGACAAGCAUGAGAGGCUGAAAAAAUAAUUACCUGCCCUGAUUGUUCUAUGAGCAGAUAAAAAGUACACAUACAGUUCAUACAAUAAUCUUAUGAAUGUAAAAGAAGGGGGAAACAAUGUCUGCGUCUGGUCCCAUCAGCAACUAUUAUGUGGACUCUCUGAUCAGCCAUGAGACAGAAGACCUCUUGGCUUCUAGGUUCCCUACCACUGGGGCUCACCCAGCAGCUGCACGACCGACAGGAUUAGUGCCGGACUGUGGAGAUUUUCCUUCGUGCAGUUUUGCCCCGAAGCCUGCAGUUUUUACCACCUCGUGGGGUCCUGUGCACUCCCAGUCUUCAGUGGUCUACCAUCCUUACAGCCACCACCAGCCACACUUGGGCACAGACGCCAGGUAUAUGCGCAGUUGGCUGGAGCCCAUCUCAGGGACCGUGUCCUUCCCAAGCUUUGCAGCAAGCAGCAGGCAUUUCGGGCUCAAGCCUGACGCUUUCCCCAGCAGGAGGGAGUGUGGCCCCAACGAUGGCCGCAGCUAUCCGGAUUACAUGUAUGGCUCCCCCGGAGAUCUCAGAGACAGGCCACCUCUGCACACCAUCCCUUCACCGGAAUCUGAGGCCAUCCUUUCCAGCAAACACAAAGAAGACAAGUCUGAAUUGGACCCCAAUAACCCAGUGGCAAAUUGGAUUCAUGCUCGCUCCACGAGGAAGAAAAGGUGUCCUUAUACAAAGUACCAGACUUUGGAACUAGAAAAGGAGUUUUUAUUUAAUAUGUACCUAACCAGGGACCGGCGUUAUGAAGUCGCCAGGGUUCUGAAUCUUACUGAACGCCAGGUUAAAAUAUGGUUUCAAAACAGAAGGAUGAAAAUGAAGAAAAUGAACAAGGAAAAAACCGACAAAGAGCAACCAUAGACUCUUCCCUAACUCAUCCUCUUAUCAAUAACCUCGUUAUAACAGAUAUGUGAAGAAAACAUUUUGGCUUCCCGUGGGCUCAAGCAUUAUCUAAUAAUUCAAAAAAAAAUAGACUUCUAUUGACUAUGAAUGUGGACAUCGGUGUUUAGAUUAGAUAAUAAACACACACACGCAUUGUAAGAGCACAUGCUUUUAUAUAAUGCACAUUAAAUAAAAUGUUUCUCUUCUCUGUCUAUAAAGGAAAAAAUAACAAAAAACAAGAAAGUACUUGAAUAUUUUUUUUAGUAUUUUAUUUUGUAACUUAUACUUAUCCAGUGUUAAUUUUUAUUUGAAGAAGUUUGUGAGUGCAUAUUUUGUAUAAUUCAAAUCGGAAUCUACCAGUAUGUUUUGUUAUAGUAUUGAAAGUCUCUUGGAUGUAUAUAUUUAUGUAUUUUAUUCUUGUCACAAAGAAAUGUUCAGUAUUGUUCUGUUAUGCCUGUAGAGCAGCUCUAUGUAAAUAUAGAAGAGUGCACUAUAAAGCUUUUUGUGUGUUUUGUGGUUGUUUAAAAACCCAAGUAUUAAAUGGGAGAACAGAUCCAUGGGCCAAGACCGGUAAUAGCACAUGGAAAAGAGGUGCAAUUCCAUCUAUAUCAAAAACAUUUAAUUAAUUUGUGAUCAGUAGUACUUACCAGUAGACAAGGUCUUCUACAGAGUUCGAAUUCCUGGAUUUUCAGUCUGUUCAUUCCUAUUAGUUACUAAGCAUUUUGUAUAUUUUUUUUAGAGUGAGUGUAUUACAGCAGAAAGCAUGUAAGAAAAAAUGUCUCCCAUACCCAGGAAUGGCGCUAAAUGCAGCCCUGAAAACAUGAUUUUAGAAUAAAGCUGUAUUUGUUUCAUUUGCAUCUGACUCCCAAGUUAGAAUACAUGACAUGAUUAUUUAUGAUCUCAGUCAAGAGAAAUGUCAGGUUUGGACAAUAAUAGAGGGCCGCAUUCCUAAUUUAAGCUGCUUCCUGCUAGGGCUGAGACUCCAGAUCAUUCCUUUUUUUUUUUUAUGGUAGGGUGUCUUACACAUAUAUUUUCGUUUAGUGGUGGAUCUAAAAUGUACUAUUGCGAGUUACUGGACUAAAGAGAAAGCGACUUGAAAAAGAUCUAGCCUUUUUACAGCAUUUUUAAAGAGCUCGUGAGGCUUUAUUGAUGUGUGAAAAGCUACUGGAGCAAUAUAGUUAAAUAUUUUAUAGGUAGGAGGCUGCCUGGAGGAAAUGCACAAGUAGGCCAGCUCCAGAAUCCUCCUAAUGGCGGACUGGGAGGACUGUACAAGCAGCACCAGCAGUGUUUGAACAGAAAACCUCACAUGGCCAUUUUUGAUAUGGUUGUAUGGAUAUUUUUAUUCCAUGUGCACAGAUUCACAAAUAAUAA